AACGCGCUUUCCGUUUCUCAUCAACCUCUUCACGCAUCCCCACUGAUCUCCCAGUGAACCCCGCGAUCCCCGCGUCAAACACUUCUUUUCGCUGCAUGCAGCUGCAUGGUUGUAUAGUAGAUAUUUUGUGUUGUUGUAUAUAGUACGAAAAAAUGGCAAAAUCUAAAAAUCACACGAAUCAUAAUCAAAAUCGUAAAGCUCAUCGUAACGGUAUCAAAAAGCCGAAACGUUACAGACACGAAUCUACGCUUGGUAUGGAUUUGAAGUUCCUGAGAAAUCAACGGUUUGCAAAGAAACAUAACUUGAAACCCAAACAACAACUAAAGAGAGCAGAAAUGCGUAAAAUGCAUCGUGCAGUUAAGAAAUAACUUUUUCAUGUAUCGAUGAAUUUAUUGUAAUAAAAAUUACAAAAAAUGCUA